CCGCCCACCACCAUCCUCCCCGCGUCCCCGCGUCCCCGCGUCCGCGCCCUCCUCCACGCAGUUCCCAUCAAUCACCCUCAGAUCUCUCCCUGCGUUCUAUGGCUAUCGCUGAUCGCCUCGCCGAUCCCCCUCCGCCUUCCUUGUCUGCCCCAGAGUCUGAUUCGCAAAAUGGCUUCGAUGCCGUCGAACGCGACCCUACGUCGUUCGACUCCUCGCUGCCCGCCAGCCAGGGCCUGUACAUGAACGACUAUGAAAAGGACGCAUGCGGUGUCGGCUUCAUUUGCCACAUCAAGGGUGACCAGUCCCACAAGAUCGUCUCCGACGCCCGCCAGCUCCUGUGCGCCAUGACCCACCGUGGCGCCACCGGUGCAGACAGCCGCGACGGUGACGGUGCGGGCGUCAUGACCGGUAUUCCCCACCUGUUCUUCAAGCGUGAGGCCGAGCGGGACAUCGGCUGCGAGCUUCCGGAACCUGGCCAGUACGCCGUCGGUAACGUUUUCUUCAAGGCGAACAACCCCGUCGGCCUCCAGCAGCAGCAGGCGAUGUUCUCCAAGAUUGCGAACGACUUGGGCCUCCGCGUCCUCGGCUGGAGGGAGGUCCCGACGGACGGUACUAUUUUGGGGCCCGCCGCGGCGAGCAAGGAACCUGCUAUCCUGCAGCCCUUCGUGGUUCUGCGCUCUCACUACGGUGACGGUACUACCGCGCGUGGCGGUAACUUUGAUGCGAAGCACUUUGAGUGUCAGCUCUACAUCAUGCGCAAGCAUGCGACGCACAACAUUUCGCUCUCGAAGGGCUUCUAUAUUUGCUCGCUCUCCUCGAAGAACAUCGUCUACAAGGGUCAGCUCUCGCCGCCGCAAGUAUACAACUACUACCACGACCUUAACCAUGUUCUGUACCGCGCGCACUUCGCGCUCGUGCACUCGCGUUUCUCUACGAACACCUUCCCGUCCUGGGACCGUGCGCAACCCAUGCGUUGGGCCGCACACAACGGUGAGAUCAAUACCCUGCGCGGUAACAGGAACUGGAUGCGCGCCCGCGAGGGUGUGCUCUCAUCGUCUCUGUUCGGAGACCAGCUGGACCUCCUAUACCCCAUUAUCGAGUCCGGUGGUUCCGACUCUGCGGCGUUCGACAACGUGCUCGAGCUCCUCACCGUAAACGGUGUUCUGACGCUCCCCGAGGCGGUCAUGAUGCUCAUUCCCGAGGCGUGGCAAGGGAACGAGACGAUGGAGCCUGAGAAGAAGGCGUUCUACAGCUGGGCGGCGUGCCUUCAAGAGCCGUGGGACGGCCCGGCGCUGUUCGCGUUCAGUGACGGUCGCUAUUGCGGUGCGAACUUGGACCGUAACGGUCUCCGUCCGUGCCGCUACGUCGUCAGCGAUGAAGAUAUCAUUGUCUGCGCGUCCGAAGUCGGCGCCGUCUACAUUCCCCCGGAGAGAGUUAUCCAGAAGGGCCGUCUUAAGCCCGGACGCAUGCUGCUCGUCGACACCGAGGAGGGUCGCAUCGUCGAUGACAAGGAGCUCAAGCGCAACACCGCGCGCAAGCAGAACUUCGCGUCAUGGAUUGAGUCGAACAUGCUCAACGUCCCGACGAUCGUCAAGCGCGUUCAGCGUUCCACGUCUGUGGCCCCGACUAUCGACGAGUUCUCACUCAGCACCGACCCGAAGCUGCUUGCGUUCGGGUACACUGUCGAGCAGCUGAACCUGCUCAUGCUGCCGAUGUUCUCGGACGGCAAGGAGCCGCUCGGCUCUAUGGGUAACGACGCGCCCCUCGCGGCAAUGUCGUCGCAGCCUCGUCUCAUCUACGAGUACUUCAGGCAGCUCUUCGCACAGGUCACGAACCCUCCCAUCGACCCUAUCCGCGAGUCCAUCGUCAUGUCGCUCGAGUGCUACGUCGGUCCCGAGGGUAACCUGCUCGAGAUGAACCCGCAGCAGUGUCACCGUAUCGUGCUGCCGUCUCCCAUUCUCACGAUCGAGGAAAUGAACGCGAUGAAGAACCUCAAGUCUGCCUACGGUACCUGGCCUUCGCGCACGAUCGACAUCACCUUCCCCAAGGAGUACGGUCUUCCGGGGUACAAGACGGCGCUCGAGCGCGUCUGCUCGGAGGCGACGCAGGCCAUCGACGAUGGCAUCAAGGUCAUCAUCCUCUCCGACCGCGACACUAGCUCCUCGCGCGUUGCGCUCUCCGCCCUGGUUGCGUGUGGUGGUGUACACCACCAUCUCGUCACCCAGAAGAAGCGCGCGAAGGUCGCACUCAUGAUCGAGACGGCCGAGGCGCGUGAGGUCCACCACCUCUGCGUGCUUCUGGGCUACGGUGCGGAUGCUAUCUGCCCAUGGCUGACGAUGGAGUGCAUCCACAAGGUCGUUCGCGAAGGAUUGAUCAAAGAGGGUAAGACCCUGACCGACCUAAUGGACAACUAUCGCCACUCCGUGGACGGCGGGAUUCUCAAGGUGAUGUCCAAGAUGGGCAUCUCGACUCUGCAGUCAUACAAGGGCGCGCAGAUUUUCGAGGCCCUCGGCUUGCACACGGAGGUCAUCGAGAAGUGCUUCGUCGGCACCGCGAGCCGUGUCCAGGGUGCUACCUUCGAUCUUCUCGCCAUGGAUGCGUUCGAGAUGCACGAGCGCGGCUGGCCUUCGCGUGAGACCGUUCUGCCCCCUGGCAUGCCAGAGUCGGGCGAGUACCACUGGCGCUCCGGCGGCGAGGCGCACAUCAACGACCCGUCCGGGAUCGCCAACCUCCAGGACGCGGUCCGGGAGAAGAACCAGGGCGCGUAUGACGCGUACGCGGACAACGCGAACGCGCAGACCCGCGCGGUUCAUCUCCGCGGCCUUCUCGACUUCCGCUACGAGAACGCGGCCGCGAUUCCGAUCGAGCAGGUCGAGCCCUGGAACGAGAUCGUGCGCCGGUUCGUGACCGGCGCGAUGUCGUACGGCUCGAUCUCGAUGGAGGCGCACUCGACGCUCGCGGUCGCGAUGAACCGCCUCGGCGGGAAGUCGAACACGGGCGAGGGCGGCGAGGACGCGGAGCGGUCGCUCACGCUCCCGAACGGCGACACGAUGCGCUCGGCGAUCAAGCAGGUCGCGUCCGGCCGCUUCGGCGUCACCUCGAACUACCUCGCGGACGCGGACGAGCUGCAGAUCAAGAUGGCGCAGGGAGCGAAGCCCGGCGAGGGUGGUGAGCUGCCGGGCCACAAGGUGUCGACGUCGAUCGCGCGCACGCGCCAUUCGACGGCCGGCGUCGGUCUUAUUUCGCCCCCGCCCCACCACGACAUCUACUCGAUCGAGGACUUGAAGCAGCUCAUCUACGACUUGAAGUGCUCGAACCCGCGUGCUCGUGUGUCGGUCAAGCUCGUGUCUGAGGUCGGCGUCGGUAUCGUCGCCAGUGGUGUCGCGAAGGCGAAGGCGGACCACAUCCUCAUCUCCGGCCACGACGGUGGUACCGGUGCCUCGCGCUGGACUGGUAUUAAGUACGCCGGUCUGCCGUGGGAGCUCGGUCUUGCGGAGACGCACCAGACGCUUGUCCUCAACGACUUGCGUGGCCGUGUUACGGUGCAGACUGACGGUCAGCUCCGUACCGGUCGUGACAUUGCCAUUGCUGCUCUUCUCGGUGCUGAGGAGUGGGGCUUCGCUACCACGCCUCUCAUUGCUAUGGGCUGUAUCAUGAUGAGGAAGUGCCACCUGAACACUUGCCCUGUCGGUAUCGCUACUCAGGACCCCCAGCUCCGCGCCAAGUUCUCUGGCCAGCCCGAGCAGGUCAUCAACUUCUUCUACUACAUCGCCGAGGACCUCCGUCGCUACAUGGCCAAGCUCGGCUUCCGCACCAUCAACGAGAUGGUCGGCCGCGCCGACAUGCUCAAGGUCGACGAGAAGCUCCGCACGCCGAAGACCGCGCACCUCGACCUCAGCGCGAUCCUCAAGCCCGCCUGGCAGAUGCGCCCCGGUGCGGCCACGUACCGCGUGCGCCCGCAGGACCACAAGCUGUACAUCCGCCUCGACAACAAGUUCAUCGACGAGUCUGAGCCCGCGCUCACGAAGGGCCUGCCCGUGCACAUCGAGUGCGACGUCACGAACACCGACCGCGCGCUCGGCACGUCCCUCUCGCACCGCGUCUCCAAGCUGUACGGCGAGGAGGGCCUCCCGAAGGACACGAUCCACAUCAUGAUGCGUGGCUCCGCUGGGCAGUCGCUCGGCGCGUUCCUCGCGCCCGGUAUCACCAUCGAGCUCGAGGGCGACGCAAACGACUACGUCGGAAAGGGUUUGUCCGGUGGUCGUCUCAUCGUCUACCCGCCCAAGCAGUCGCAGUUCAAGGCCGAGGAGAACAUCAUCAUCGGCAACGUCUGCUUGUACGGUGCGACGUACGGUGAGGCGUUCAUCCGUGGUAUCGCUGCCGAGCGGUUCGCCGUCCGUAACUCGGGCGCGAACGCCGUCGUCGAGGGCACGGGUGACCACGGUUGCGAGUACAUGACUGGUGGUCGUGUCGUCGUCCUCGGCUCCACUGGCCGUAACUUCGCGGCCGGUAUGAGCGGUGGUAUCGCGUACGUGCUCGACACUGCGCACACGUUCGCGUCGAAGGUGAACAUGGAGAUGGUCGAGCUCGGCAAGGUCUCCGACCCGCGCGAGAUCGCGGAGCUCCGUGGCCUCAUCGAGGACCACCGCCACUACACCGGGUCCGAGGUCGCCGACCGCGUCCUGCACGACUUCCACCACCUGCUUCCCCUCUUCGUCCGCGUCAUGCCCCACGACUACAAGCGCGUGCUCGAGGAGCAGUUCGCGAAGCAGAAGGAGGAGAAGAUGCGCCAGAGCGUGAUCGACCUCGUCCCCUCGCGCACCGCGUCCCAGGUCGACCUCGCCUCCGAGGGCCUCGAGGACAUCCUCCUCCCGAAGGAGCCCAUCCCCCAUGCGAGCCGUGCGAGCUCCCGUGCGCGCAUCGAGCCCAACGUGGGCGACAUGGAAGACUCGCUCGUGGACGACGCGACGACGAAGAGCCGGCUGCACAAGCUCGACAAGACGCGCGGGUUCAUGAAGUACAAGCGGCUGACGGAGACGUACCGCCCGCCGCGCAAGCGGGUCAAGGACUGGAAAGAGAUCUCGACGCGCCUGACGGACGACGAGCUCAAGUACCAGUCCGCGCGCUGCAUGGACUGCGGCGUGCCGUUCUGCCAGUCCGACACCGGGUGCCCGAUUUCGAACAUCAUCCCAAAGUGGAACGACCUCGUGUUCAAGAACCAGUGGCAGGACGCGCUCAACCGCCUGCUCAUGACGAACAACUUCCCCGAGUUCACGGGCCGCGUGUGUCCUGCGCCGUGCGAGGGCGCGUGUGUGCUCGGUAUCAACGAGCAGCCCGUCGGUAUCAAGAGCAUUGAGUGCGCGAUCAUCGACAAGGGCUUCGAGAUGGGCUGGAUGGCCCCGAAGACUCCUCAGUUCCGCACUGGCAAGAAGAUCGCCGUCAUUGGUUCUGGCCCUGCGGGUCUCGCUGCUGCCGACCAACUCAACAAGGCCGGCCACUGGGUCACCGUCUACGACCGUAACGACCGCUUUGGUGGUCUGCUCAUGUACGGUAUCCCGAACAUGAAGCUCGACAAGUCUGUCGUUCAGCGCCGUAUCGAUCUCAUGGCGGCUGAGGGCGUGACCUUUGUCCCCAACACCUUCGUCGGCAAGGACGUCGACCCGAACGACAUCCGCAGCGAGCACGACGCCGUCAUCUGCGCGACCGGCGCGACAUGGCCGCGCGACCUCAAGAUCCCGAACCGCGAGGUCGACGGGAUCCACUUCGCGAUGGAGUUCCUGCAGAUGAACACGAAGUCGCUACUCGACUCGGAGCUCCAGAACGGGUCCUACAUCAGCGCGAAGGGCAAGGACGUGAUUGUGAUCGGCGGCGGCGACACGGGCAACGACUGCAUCGGGACCGCGAUGCGCCACGGCGCGAAGUCCGUCACGAACUUCGAGCUGCUCCCGCGCCCGCCCGCGGGCCGCGGGCGCGACAACCCGUGGCCGCAGUGGCCGCGCAUCUUCCGCACGGACUACGGGCACACGGAGGUCGCGGCGCACUUUGGGAACGACCCGCGCGAGUACUGCAUCUCGACGAAGGAGUUCGUCGUUGACGAUGACGGGAAGCUGUUGGGUCUGAACACGGUGCGCGUCGAGUGGACGAAGGACAGCGGCGGCCGGUGGAAGAUGGAGGAGACGCCUGGCUCGGAGAAGUUCUUCCCCGCGCAGCUCGUGUUCCUCGCGCUCGGUUUCCUGGGCCCUGAGGCGGACUUGCUCAAGUCGCUCGGUGUCAAGCAGGACGCGCGGAGCAACAUCCAGACCCCCAAGAACAAAUACACGACGACUGUCGAUGGCGUGUUCGCGGCGGGUGACUGCAGACGUGGGCAGUCGCUCAUCGUCUGGGGUAUCCAAGAGGGUCGCCGUUGCGCUGCCGAGGUCGAUGCAUGGCUCAGCAACGGCUCUACCCGUUUACCGUUCGACGGCGGUAUCAAGACGAGGACCUUCAUCCCUCCCACGACGACGCUCACGGGCGGCGCGCGUGCGCUCGAGGUCGAGGCCUAAGGCACCGCGGCCCCCUUCUUCUCUCAUUUCCGUCCGGACGCGGUUGUAAAACAAACGGUGCGCAGCGGCGCGGGUCGUGGGCCGCCCCGGGGAGCGGGGCGGCAGGAAAGUACACUACUACUAGUAUGCAGACCUCUCUGGCGGGUACGAUAUAUUGUCGUUCGCACAAGCAAAUAUGUACGGAAUACGCACUGGGCAUCCUUCUCGUCACGCUGUAUCGCUUGUAUAAAUCUAUCUCACUAUCUUUUUCUCCCUCAUU